AUGCUCGGAGGGGGACACCCCGACACUGCGUUUGGAUACGCAACCUUGGCAUCUCUGCAGGAAGACCCGAGUGAAGCCGUUGGAAUGCUGAACAGGUGCCUUGAAAUACAGGAAUCUUUGCUUGGAGAAAAGCACCCCGCCGUUGCCGACACCUGCGACCAAAUUGGUGAUGCUCUGAGGCGCAUGGGGAUUCUUGAAAGAUCACUUGAGUUCUAUGAACGCUCUUUGAAGAUUCACCAGGAGAAGGUCGAUUGCCACUUGCCGGUUGCCAGAUUGUAUGCUAAGCUCGGCAUAGUGUCUCUUGCGUUGGGUAAUGGUAGAGAUGUUGUGCGACAUCAUGCCAGAUCCAUUGCAUCACUGAAAGAUGCACCGGUCAAGAGAGACCAAGCUUUUCUGUCAAUCUACGACGAGGCCGGGAAAGAAAUGCUACGGGAAAGGGACUUUGACAACGCGGUUGCAUUGUAUCGUCAGGCGCUGUCAAUUCGGAAGGUGAUGUGCGGACAAUUGGACCCAGACAUUGCCAUUGCUCAUGAAGGUAUUGGCUUUGCCCUUUUUUCAAAAGGUGACUACAUUGGCGCUCUCAGAGAAUACCAAAAGUCACUUUCCAUUCGUGAAACAACGCUUGAAGAAGACCACGCUGACCUCUUGGCCGUCGUUGAAAUGGUCGACAUCGUUCGGUUGAAGAUCAGCAAGGUUGAGUCACUGCCCUCCCAUGCAGGUCCAGGCAAUGGUCUGAAUUGGACAUUUUGA